GCUGAUUGUGUAGGGGUGCAGGGUCUGGUCUAUUUCUCGUGGUUGCUGUAGGGUUGAACAGGCGAUCGGGGAUGGGAAUCUCAUCACAGGAGUGUGCAAAGUGAAAAAGAAAUCACUGCUAAGGUUAUUACAAUCGUGGGAGAAAAUACAAGACAUGCAAUUAUUGUUAAAAAUUAUUUUAUGAAGAUCAUCAAUCGCUUCUGAGUGACACAAUUAGAACGAAGGCAUACCGAAAACUUUGGUAAAAGAAAGCUUCUCUUUGUAAACAUUUUUAAACAAAGCCGUGGGGCGACUUUCCCCCCCCCCCCCUUCACGUUUUCUGCAAAGGUACUUUAUUUUUGAGAAGCUGAAUUCAAGGUAGUUUUUUUUAUACAGCGUGCAGAAUUUUGGAGCGAAGGAUUGUUUCUGCUGUCUGCUAAUUAAUUGGAAACGGGUCGGUCCCCCCCCCCAUAUUUUUGAGAAGGCAAUACUUUUGAACGCGGCUUUUUUGGGAGAAUUACAUCUAUAAACUCGAUAGGCUUUUUUUUUCUGUUUGGAAAAGGGGAAAACUUAAUAACCCGUUGUCUGCUUUUGAAGACCUCGUUUCUGGAGAUCGAGGAUCAACAGUUCAUUAGAGAUUUUAAUAACAUUUUAAAGGAUUUCAAUCGCUUGGGUUGAGUUAGGAAAAAAAAAAAAACUGAGGCUAAUCGAUUCCAGGAUCGCUCUUCAAAGUGUCGGGGUUCCUGAUCGGAGGUCUGGACGUCCCGGAGCUGAUGCGAUGAAGUGCCCCGCGGAACGUGCCCCACAGCAGUAGAGCUAGCCGCCCACCCCCACCCGUCUCGGGAUGUUUCCCUGGAGCCUCCUUCUCUUCUGGGCCCUGUUGGCCCCAGCCAGUCGCACGCAGGCACGGCCAUCCGUCAGUGAACAAGUCCCGCUGGAUGCGCGAGUGGAGAUGUACGUGGUGCGCCCCGGAGAGUCCUUGGAACUACGCUGCAACAUGCGGGACGACAUGACCAGUGUGAACUGGACCAAGGACCGCGUGGCCCUGCUGGGAGGAGACCAUGUCCACAUCAUGCCCGGCCAGCUGGAGAUCCAGAGCACGGAGCUCGGCGACUCGGGGCUCUACUCCUGCGAAGGCAUCGGACCCCUGGGCAGCGAGACCACCUACUUCUCUGUCAAUGUCUCAGCUGACGCUCAUCCUUCCUCGGAGGACGAGGAGGAUGAUGACUCUUCCUCGGAGGAGAAGGAAGGAUCCAGCAGCCAGAGGCAGAUCCCGGUGCUCCCGUUCUGGGCCAUGCCCGACAAGAUGGAAAAGAAGCUCCACGCCGUGCCGGCUGCCAAGACGGUGAAGUUCCGAUGCCCAGCGAAGGGGAGCCCAACCCCCAGCCUCCGCUGGUUGAAGAAUGGCAAGGAGUUUAAACCUGACCACCGCAUCGGAGGCUACAAGGUGCGGGAGCACACCUGGAGCAUCAUCCUGGACUCGGUGGUGCCCUCAGACAAGGGCAACUACACCUGCCUGGUGGAGAACAAGUAUGGGAGCAUCAACCACACAUACCAGCUCGACGUAGUGGAGCGCUCUCCACACAGGCCCAUUCUUCAGGCUGGCCUCCCCGCUAACAGGACCGCCGUGCUGGGCAGUGAUGUGGAGUUCAACUGCAAGGUGUACAGCGACCCCCAGCCCCACAUCCAGUGGCUGAAGCACAUGCAGAUCAACGGCAGUCGAUUGGGGCCGGAUGGGAAUCCCUUUGUCCAGGUUCUCAAGCACUCUGGGAUUAAUAGCUCGGACGCUGAAGUUCUCACCCUGUACAAUGUCACCGAGGAGGAGAGUGGAGAGUAUAUUUGUAAAGUGUCCAAUUAUAUAGGAGAAGCCAACCAGUCUGCGUGGCUAACGGUCACCAGGCCCGAGGCAAGAGCGGACCCUCCCCCCCAGCCCGUCUCAAACCAGCUCUAUCUUGAGGUGCUCAUCUACUGCACCGGAGCCUUCCUCAUCUGCUGCAUGGUGAUCAUCGCCAUCAUCUUCAAAAUUAAGAGCAGCGCCAAGAAGAGUGACUUCAACAGCCAGCUGGCCGUGCACAAGCUAGCCAAGAGCAUUCCGCUGCGCAGACAGGUAACAGUGUCUGUUGGCUCCAGCUCCUCAAUGCACUCUGGGGUGAUGCUGGUGCGCCCCUCUCGCCUGUCCUCCAGCGGGACCCCCAUGCUCCCCGGGGUGUCCGAAUACGAGCUGCCGGAAGACCCCCGCUGGGAGUGUAGCAGGGACAGGCUGGUGCUGGGAAAGCCGCUGGGCGAGGGCUGUUUCGGUCAGGUGGUGAUGGGAGAGGCCUUGGGAUUGGACAAGGAGAAACCCAACCGGGUCACCAAGGUGGCUGUCAAGAUGCUGAAGUCGGACGCCACGGAGAAGGACCUGUCUGACCUGAUAUCGGAGAUGGAGAUGAUGAAGAUGAUUGGCAAGCACAAGAACAUCAUCAACUUGCUGGGUGCCUGCACUCGGGACGGCCCCCUGUAUGUGAUUGUAGAGUACGCCGAAAAGGGAAAUCUGCGGGAGUUUCUGCGCGCACGGCGCCCCCCGGGGAUGGAGUACUGCUAUAACCCCGACCAGGUCUCUGAAGAGUACAUGUCUAUCAAGAACCUGGUCUCCUGUGCGUAUCAGGUGGCCCGCGGCAUGCAGUAUCUGGCUUCCAAGAAGUGUAUCCACAGGGACCUGGCUGCCCGCAAUGUGCUCGUUACCGAGGACAACGUCAUGAAGAUAGCGGACUUCGGUCUGGCCAGAGACAUCCACCACAUUGAUUACUACAAGAAGACCACCAACGGCCGGUUGCCUGUUAAGUGGAUGGCUCCAGAGGCCUUGUUUGACCGGAUAUACACACACCAGAGCGAUGUCUGGUCGUUUGGGGUCCUGCUGUGGGAGAUCUUCACCCUGGGGGGCUCGCCGUACCCCGGGGUCCCGGUCGAGGAGCUCUUCAAGCUGCUCAAGGAGGGUCACCGCAUGGAUAAGCCCACCACCUGCACCCAUGAGCUGUACAUGAUGAUGCGGGACUGCUGGCACGCUGUCCCUUCACAGAGACCCACCUUCAAGCAGCUGCUUGAAGAUCUGGACCGCAUCCUCAUCAUGGCCUCCAAUCAGGAGUACCUGGAUCUGACUGCACCCCCGGACCAGUACUCCCCCAGCUUCCCAGACACUCGCUGCUCCACCUGCUCCUCUGGGGAAGACUCGGUCUUCUCUCACGACCCCCACGUUGAGGACCCCUGCCUGCCUAGGUUACCCCCACAGCACAACGGGGUGGGCUUCAAGAAGCGCUGAGAGUCCUCUCUCCAGACCCUCGCGCUGAGCUCCGGAGCACAGCAUCCAUCACACAGCCAGUCUGGGAUCUGUUUUACAUGAACACUAGAAAAUAAAUGUUUUGUACGCUUUGAGUAACGGAUCACUAAAUGACGUUCUGGGAUGAAGAAGCAGUGUUUUCUUUUUUUUUUUUUUGCUUAUGGGACAAGUUCAGAAGGAUGCUUUUUGGACUUUUCACGAAGCUCCCGAAGUGAGGCACGCUCUCCUGCGUUCGUAUGGGACGGAGUUGAAAAUGGACCGCAAAAAAACCCAGAAUUGAGGGCCAGCGGAAGAGGCGUGCCUGUGUCAAUAUUUCACUUUUUAAAACUGAAUUUUUAGUUUUGCUUCGCAGACCAAAUAUUCAAAAACCAACGAGGAGUGGCGCAACAGCAGCCUGUUCUCAUGUUUCCUUUUAUUAUUUCUAUAUA